GGUUUCACCUCAGCGGCACGGUCAGGGAACCUGCAACGUCCUCGGAGCCCGAGCUGCUCUGCAACGUGAGCGUCAGCUUCGACCGCUGCAAAAUAACAGCCGUGACCUGCGGCUGCGGAAACAAGGACAUCUUCUACUGCGCACAUGUGGUGGCGCUCUCUCUGUACCGAGUACGGAAGCCUGAGCAGGUCAAGCUGCGCCUGCCCAUCUCAGAGACUCUUUUCCAAAUGAACAGAGAUCAGCUGCAGAAGUUCGUUCAGUACCUGAUCACAGUUCAUCACACUGAGGUUCUGCCCACGGCUCAGAAACUGGCUGAUGAGAUACUGUCGCAGAACUCCGAGAUCAACCAGGUUCAUGGAGCUCCAGAUCCGACGGCAGGCGCCAGCGUCGACGACGAGAACUGUUGGCAUCUGGACGAGGAGCAGGUUCAGGAACAGGUCAAGCUCUUUCUGUCGCAGGGCGGUUACCACGUCGGGAAGCAGCUCAACUUACUGUUCAGCAAGGUGAGGGAGAUGCUGAAAAUGAGGGACUCGAACGGGGCUCGCAUGCUGACGCUUAUCACCGAGCAGUUCAUGGGCGACCCCAGACUGGCGCUGUGGAGGCAGCAAGGGACGACAAUGACGGAUAAAUACCGGCAGCUGUGGGACGAACUAGGUGCCCUGUGGAUGUGUGUCGUGCUGAACCCUCACUACAAACCGGAGCAGAAGGGUUUCUGGCUCCGUCAGCUUCGCAGGUGGAACAGUGUGGACGUGUGCCCCUUGGAGGAUGGUAACCAUGGCGCAGAGCUGACCAAUCUAACCAACGCUCUGCCUCAGGGUCCUGCAGGCAACCCAGAUUCACUGACCCGGCCUCACAGGACGGUGUUCACGCGAGCAAUUGAGGCGUGCGACUUGCACUGGCAGGACCCACACCUGCAGCAGAUCAUCACCAAGGACCAAUACACCAACUACUGUUACCAUGACAACCUCGACAGCUCCCUCUUCGAUACCCGAGGGUGGCCCAUGUGGCACGAGCACGUCCCGACUGCAUGCGCCCGAGUCGACGCUCUGAGAUCACACGGUUACCCAAAGGAAGCUCUCAGGCUGGCCAUCGCCAUCGUCAACACGCUGAGGAGGCAACAGCAGAAACAGCUCAACUUCUUCCGCACACACAAAAAAGAGUUGCUGCAUAAAGGUGUAACAUCAGUCACUAACCUGGAGGGCUGGGUGGGUCACCCUCUGGACCCCAUCGGCACCCUGUUCAGCACCCUAAUGGAGACGGGGCGAGGCAGGGAGGAAGUAGCCAACACCCUCCUCGACUUCCCAGGCUCGCUGGGUUCAGGCAGGAGGAUGGAGCUUCCUGUUUUCCCGACAAAGCAGCGUUUCCUAGAGGACGGCGAGUCAUUCGUGUCGCUGGCAGUGGAGACGGCUCUGAUCGGUUUGGGGCAGCAGCGAGUGAUGCCCGAUGGACUCUACGCUCAGGAGAAAGUGUGUCGAAACGAAGAGCAGCUCCUCGCCAGGCUUCAGGAAGUCGAUUUAGAUGACACAUUAGUGAAGAUCUUCCGGAAACAAGCUGCCUUCCUGCUAGACGCCGGUCCUUACAGUGGUCUGGGGGAGUUACUCUACAGAGAGAGUGUCCCCAUGCACACGUUUGCCAAGUAUCUCUUCACCUCCCUGCUACCUCAUGACGCUGAACUGGCGUAUAAAAUUGCAUUAAGGGCCAUGCGGUUGCCCGUCCUGGAGUCUACGUCCCCCUCCGCUGACUUGUCCCGGCCUCACCACAUUGUGUCCCUUGUUCCAAACCGGCUUCCUCGCUGGUUCACCCUCAGCCACAUAGAGACCCAACAGUGUGAGCUGGCCUCCACCAUGCUCACUGCUGCUAAAGGUGAUGCUCUCAAAUUACAAACAGUGUUAGAGUCCAUCCAGAAAAACAUCCACUCGGCAUCCCACAUCUUCAAGCUGGCCCAGGACGCCUUCAAAAUCGCCACCCUGAUGGACAGCCUGCCGGACAUCACGCUGCUCAAAGUCUCCCUGGAGCUGGGUCUUCAGGUGAUGAGAAUGACGCUGUCUACCUUGAACUGGCGGAGGAGAGAGAUGGUGCGAUGGCUCGUCACAUGUGCCACUGAGGCUGGUGUUUUUGCACUGGACAGCAUUAUGCAGAACUGGUUUACUCUCUUCACCCCCACUGAAGCCACCAGUGUUGUGGCCAGCACAGUCAUGUCGAACAGCACCAUUGUCCGCCUGCAUCUGGACUGCCAUCAGCAAGAAAACCUGGCCAAUUCCGCCCGCACCCUUGCCCUGCAAUGUGCCAUGAAGGAUCCCCAAAACUGUGCCCUGUCAGCUCUGACACUGUGCGAGAAGGACCACAUUGCCUUCGAGACAGCCUAUCAGAUUGUACUGGAUGCGGCCGCCACGGGAAUGAACUACACGCAGCUGUUUACAAUAGCACGCUACAUGGAACACCGCGGUUAUCCAAUGAGGGCUUACAAACUAGCAACGUUAGCAAUGACACACCUGAACCUCAGCUACAACCAGGACACGCACCCUGCCAUCAAUGACGUGCUCUGGGCUUGUGCUCUAAGCCACUCACUGGGGAAAAAUGAACUGGCAUCUGUCAUCCCCCUGGUGGUGAAGAGUGUGAAAUGUGCCACCGUCUUGUCGGAUAUUUUACGCAGAUGCACACUCACAACGCCAAGUAUGGUGGCUCUGCACAGCCGCAGGAACUCUGGGAAGCUAAUGCCUCUAGACAAGGCUCCCCUCAGGCAAUUACUAGAUGCCACGAUUGGAGCUUACAUCAACACAACGCACUCUCGGUUGACACACAUCAGCCCACGCCACUACAGCGAAUUCAUCGAGUUCCUCAGUAAAGCCAGAGAGACGUUUCUCAUGGCACAUGACGGACACAUCCAGUUCACACAGUUCAUAGACAACCUGAAACAGAUAUACAAGGGCAAGAAGAAACUCAUGAUGCUUGUUCGAGAGCGAUUUGGUUGACAGGAUUCAAUGACCAAAUCAUCCUUUUUUUUUUUUACUUGAGUCUCCUUUUAUAUCCUUUCUAACUUGAAGUGAAAAUACUCCUUAAGCAACAUUCACGCAAAUCUUAUUCCUAUGAUUUGGCAGUGAAAGGGUCAGAUCAACACAAUUUCCUGAAGGCAAGUUAAAUGGAAAAAAUAUGUUUUCAUUCACAAGAAAUGUCUUUAAAUUGGGAUUAUUGAUUGAUUUUAGUGUUUGGAGUAAUAUUGGACUACCCAAAACAAUAGCAAUGGGAUAUAAAAUGUGUUUUGGGGGCGAAUCUUCUCAUUAAAAGUUCCGAAAUUGAAGAAGAAACACAGAGUAGAACAUGAAAGAAAGCUGGUAUUUAUGUGUACAAAACCAUUGAGGAGAAAACGGUCAGAUCUUACAAGUUUGUGUGUCCCUUUUAUAUGUAUGAAAGUAAGAGUUUUACACUGAGUAUAUACUGUAUUGUCCAGUGGCAAAAUGUCUGCCUUGCACUCCUUCUUCCCUCAACUAACAUUCAUAGCCUCAAAAAGAAGAGAAACGGCUUUAAACCAAAUGAAGCAACUCCAUCUGAAGUGACAAGUACCUCUUUUUAAAGGAUUGAGCUUUACUCUUCAACUUACCCCAAAAAACGCCUCAACCAUCUGCUUUGUGGAGUGAAAGAAACCUCCAAAUUUACUAUCAGAAUGCAUUUACUCAGACUGGAUUUGUUUCCUGCCAACUUCGGGCUGAUUGUUUUGGCUUUGCAGUGUUGCCUCAAACAUUCAGUAUGCUAAUUUUACAGACACAUUUGUGAGAGAAACACAAAAACUUACUGUUGCAGUGCUUGCUCUUGUGGAAACUUGGCAAAAUAUUCAUUCUCAGGGAUUUCUCUUGGAAGAAACCGGACAAAAAGAAAACAAAAGAAAACAAAAGCAUUUUAUUGUCCUGUAUAUAUGAAAGUAUAUGUCUGAAUAUUGAAAAAAAAAAUGUAAAUGUUAACUAAUUUAUGACAAAAUAUUCUAUGUAAGGCACAAUACUUGAAGCUGCAGUACUUUUGGUUUUUGAAACAAGAUAAAAAACAUAUCAGAAGGACUACAAAAUGUUCACCUUGCAUUGCAUCAGGGGCCAGUUCAAAGACUCGUGCGGCUGGUUUAUCUCUGCAGACAUGUAAUGACCUGCAGAUACUGGCCAGUUGUUCAAGACAGGAAAUGGACUCGCAAAAUAGUAUUCUCCUGAACACAGAAGGGUAUUGAGGAUUGUCGGAGUCAAUGAAAGAGACGACUGUGGAUGCAGAGCAGUAGCAUCAUUCAGCUGGCAUCUGUUGCGAUAUAUUCCAGAAGAUUAAAAUCUGCUCCAGUGUCUUAAAUGUGUUCCUCCUUCUUUUAUGCCUCGUGUCCAUGCCUAUUAUUCUGACACCACGACUUUGUGCAGGACAGAAAGUUGCUAUAUACUGUAGUUCUUGACUGUUCCACUUUUUUUACGCUUUUUAAAUUUUUCCUUCUCUUCAGUUGAAAUGGUUUUAACUUCUCUUUAGAAUUCCUAACACAAGAACAGCCUUCUUUCUUGCCUUGUCUUAAUGCUUUAAAAUAACCAAAUGGGAGUUCUAACUACCAAACUUUUUUCAUGUGACAAACAACUUUGGCUUCAACCUUUUUUAGCGUCUUUAAUUUCUAGCUGAACCAGCUCUGUAUUCUGUGCUUUAAAAGCUAAUUUCAACUGUUUUUCAGUGUUGUCUCUUGUUCGUGGCCUCAAUAGAGGUCUGUUAGUAGCUCCUUUUUUGUUGAAAUGUAUGCUCCCUUUUAUUUAUUACAUUAGGUAAAUGACUGUAACCAUGUCAUCAUGCUCAUGAAGUUACUAAGAUUUGAUACACUGAUCAAUUUAUUUAUGUAACUAAAUCACUGUUUUAUAAACUUGUUAAUGAAUCAAUAUUUGUUUUGAAUAAAUGCGUUUUGAGAGGA